GUUGUUCUCUUGUCUUUCAGCAAUUCCAGUCCGAAGCUCCAGGCUACCAUUGCUGUCUGAUGCCAUGCCAGCACCAGCUCAUCUGUUUCCGUUGAUUCGUAACUGUGAGAUUAGCAGAAUAUGCAGUACUGUGUGUUACUGCCACCAUAAACACCUGUGUUGUUUAUCUCAUUUUGCUCACAGUCACUUCAGAUAUGCAUCUCAGAAGAAACUUGUGGCACUUCAUAGGCCAAAGGAGAACUUUAAUCACUUUAUUCACACAAGGGAUUAUGCUUCUACACCACAGAGGUUCUACCUCACUCCUCCACAGGUCAACAGCAUUCUGAAGGCAAAUGAAUACAGUUUCAAAGUCCCAGAAUUUGAUGGUAAAAAUGUAAGUUCUGUCCUUGGCUUCGAUAGCAACCAGUUGCCUGCUAAUGCUCCAAUAGAAGACCGGAGGAGUGCUGCCACUUGCUUACAGACAAGAGGAAUGCUUUUGGGUGUGUUUGAUGGCCAUGCAGGCUGUGCUUGUGCUCAAGCUGUCAGUGAAAGACUGUUUUACUACAUUGCUGUCUCUUUGUUACCUCAUGAGACUUUACUUGAAAUAGAAAAUGCUGUGGAAAGUGGCAGAGCUCUGUUGCCCAUUCUACAGUGGCACAAGCAUCCCAAUGAUUAUUUUAGCAAAGAAGCUUCCAAGCUUUACUUCAGUAGUCUAAGAACUUACUGGCAGGAGCUCAUUGAUCUCAACAGUGGAGAGACUACUGAUGUGAAAGAAGCUUUAAUUAAUGCUUUUAAGAGGCUUGAUAAUGAUAUUUCUCUGGAAGCUCAAGUAGGAGAUCCAAACUCUUUUCUCAACUACCUUGUACUGCGAGUAGCAUUUUCUGGUGCAACUGCCUGUGUGGCCCAUGUGGAUGGUGUUGACUUGCACAUUGCAAACACAGGUGACAGUAGGGCAAUGCUUGGGGUUCAGGAAGAAGAUGGAUCUUGGUCUGCAGUUAAUCUGUCCUAUGACCACAAUGCACAAAAUGAACAUGAAGUGGAACGUGUGAAAAUGGAGCAUCCAAAGUCUGAGGAGAAAAGUCUCGUGAAACAAGAUCGUCUCUUAGGUCUCCUGAUGCCUUUCAGAGCUUUUGGUGAUGUGAAGUUUAAAUGGAGUAUUGAACUACAAAAGAGAGUAGUAGAAUCAGGCCCAGAUCAGCUGAAUGACAAUGAAUAUACAAAGUUUAUUCCUCCAAACUAUCACACUCCCCCAUACCUCACAGCUGAGCCAGAAGUCAUACAUCACAAAUUGCGGCCGCAAGAUAAGUUCCUGGUUUUGGCCACAGAUGGGCUGUGGGAGACAAUGCACAGGCAAGAUGUGGCUAGAAUUGUAGGGGAGUACCUCACUGGUGUUCACCAUCAACAGCCAAUAGCUGUUGGUGGCUAUAAGGUAACUUUGGGACAGAUGCAUGGUCUCUUAACAGAAAGGAGAGCAAGAAUCUCUUCAGUAUUUGAAGAUCAGAAUGCAGCAACUCACCUGAUACGUCAUGCAGUGGGUAACAAUGAGUUUGGCACUGUGGAUCAUGAGCGGCUGUCCAAGAUGCUUAGUCUUCCAGAAGAGCUGGCUCGAAUGUAUAGAGAUGACAUUACAAUUAUCGUGGUGCAGUUCAACUCACAUGUUAUAGGUGCAUGUCAAAAUGAGGAACUGUGAAUUUAAUGUAGUGAACUAGUUACCAAAGUUGUAACAAUGGCCAGUAUGAGCAGCAAAUAAAAAAACAACCACCCAACAAUAAACCCCCAAAAAACCCUCAGCAAACAAAUUGGUUGCUUGCUAGAUUCAGCAUAUCUAUUGUUUCUGCCUUCCCCCAGAGCUCUAAAUACAUGGGAAGUGCUAUUGACCUAAUACAAACUUGAAGAGGAUGUCACAGCUUGGGAAAAGAGGUUUUUGUAAUAACUUUGCACUAUUGAUUUCAUGAAUGCUGCUAGAACAAUGUCUUGAAUUUGGCAGACUUGGAUGAGGGAGGGAAGGAGGAUAAAGAAUUAACUAUCGAAGAUCUGGCUGUUUAAGAAACAAAACCUGUUUAUAAAUAUCUGUAAAUAUCUAUACAUUAUCUUAAAGAAAAGAUUAGUAAAAAGGAGUAUUGUUGAAUUCUUACAGGGCUAAUUCUUGCAAAGUAGAUAUGGUUAUUUGUGAAUAUAUUGUCUACUGUUUCUUCUAAGCAGAAGGUCACUUUAACCAAGUAAGUCUUCAGUGUAACAAAGCUGUCUCACUUUCACAUAGACAAUGUCACUCACUUAAGGAUAUUUGUCUAAGUGUUCACUUCCAAUGCAGGUCUAAGCCAUAAUCAAUACCUGAGAUUCUGUUACAGCUUAAUCAUAUCUUAUGCAAGGUAACUUAUAAACUUCUUGUGCAUUAAUAGUUUCCUGGCUGUGGGUUUCUGCAUAACUUGUAGGGCAAUAAUACCUUGCAACAUCCAGUAAGAUACUAGAUAAUUUUGUGGAGGACUUCAGUUUGCAGUAUGAAGAAACUUUUAGACUUUCCAAAAAGUCAGUGGUGUUGGUCAAGACUGUGUUGGCUUUCCUAAAGGUCAUGUCCUUCAUGGACUCCACCUCUGUCUGUUGUUACUUAUCUGGUAAAUAAAUUUUUACCUGAAAAGAUCAGGAAAUCAUUGCUAACCUCUUUGUGGCUUUGUAAUUUGCACUCAUUUUCACUUUAGCUAUUUCAAAUGGUCACAUAUUGGAUGUCUUGCACUUGAACUCAUAUUUUUUUAAGUUGGGUUAAAAACUACAAAUUACAAAAAAUUGAAGUAUGGCUUGUAAAUAGUGUUUUAGUUGGGGAAACUGGCAUGCAUGUGUAUGUUUAAUGGCUUUUUCUAGCAGCUUCUUUAUUAGCAGCUCUGUAUUUCUGGACAGCUGGUGUAUGCAUGUUCUUACAGUCCAGAAUGCUAUUACAGAGCAAUCUCUGAAAUGGGUCUCUGGCUUGUAAUGGUUGAAUUUGAACUUAAAAGAUUGGCUAUAACUUGUGUGCCGAAAGUUGUUGGGCUUGUAACUGUAAAAAGUAGGGACUGACAACUAAUUUAUCAGUCGUCAUUGCAUCUAUUUUAAGUAUGUUGCAUUGUACACAGAUUUAUUUUAACCUGCCCUUAGGUUAAAAACGCGAAUGCUGGCUGAAAUACCAGCCCUUGAUGACUGAGAGAACACAUGUAACUUGAUUCCUGUGUUCUAGAGAACAAUGAUAGGUCAGUUUACUUCACUUUACCAAGGUGUUUCUGUUAAAAUACCUCCCUAGCCUUCAUCAUAGCUAAUUAAAUCAACACUUUAAAAACCUAGCUUAUUGUGGUUACUUGAGUAAUGUGGCAUUUUCUACUAAAUACAAAUAUUGCCAAUUAAUGCUACUGUUACAUAGGGUACACUUAGUUGGAACAAUGAACUUGUGCUACAGUAAACAUCGGCUCCUCAAACUCCCAAAUGCUGUGUGUACUUAGUGGCCUGCAGCUUUAAUAUGUCUGUUUCUUUACCCGACCUUAAAUAUCAGGAUCAAUGUUGCUGUACAGUUAACGAUAUCUAAGUUCACAUUCAAGAUGUGCACAACCCUUCGUUGUUUGAAGGGAAAAGGGGAACUCUAAAAUGCUUAGACAAGUACUGGCUGUUGACAUUGCUUCUGUAUGUUGUGUUUUGGUGACUCUGUCAUUAGCUAGGUCAACAGACUUUAUGUUCUAUCAUUCAAAUGCAGUAUGUAUCUAAGCUGUUGCAGUAUUUAACUUUCUUACUUUUUUUUACUGUUAAAGCUCUAUUACAUGUAUUGAUGUAUUUAACCUAUGAUUAUUGAUACGGAUUUGGUACAAGUCAUAGCUAGAAGGAAUGAACAUUGGUCCCAUGGAUACAACUUUUAUUGAGGAAAAGCUGCUUUUUGUAGUAAAGAUGCAUGUGUAUGGGGUCAGACAAAAUAAUAUUUAUGUAUUGCUUGGAGACUUGCUCAGUAUGUAUGCAGUGAACAGAAGCAGCAUAACUGCCUGCUUAACAGGUGAUCUGAACAAACAUCUUCUAACAGAUUCCAAUAAAAUGAUCAAUUAUGCAGAAAUCCAUGUGUAUUGGAUUGAUAUAGAAUGUGAUAGCUGUUCUGCUGUGGCUGAAGCUUAUGAAUUACUUGUAUUUCAAGAAUGUGUUCUGUUGCGUAGUCCCUGUUACAAAUAGACCAGAUGGCCAAACAAAGUACAAAUGGAAACAGACUGAGAAUUGGCCUUCAGAGCUCUUAAAUGCCACUGUGAGGCUUGAAGCCCUGCAUCAGGCGUGGUGGUGCUGCCGCCCCCUGGCAGCAAAGCUCAAAUCUUCCCGUCAAUGUCACUGCAUGUCUCAGUUCCCAUCAUCUCGUGAUUACCUUCAGGGGCAGUGCUGCAGGUAAAGCAGCAUAACUUGAGAUCAUUAAGUUGUGGACUCUACCCUAUGUAGAGCAAUACAACGUUUCAUAAACGAUCUAAAAUACUUAUUUGCAGAUGAAAAUGGUGUAGGAAUGAAUUGAUGGUAAACUAAAUAGAAACAGCUCUUCUGCUGCAGGCAGAGGACAUGUUCUGUUUGCAUUGUCUACCAAACUUGUUGCAUUGCAGAAAGUACAGCUACUUUAUAUGUAAGGGGGAUGCUGUGAUUGCUUUUCCAAAUAUGGAUUUCACAGCUGCAAAUAUAUGGCUCAACCCAGAAGGGUGGCUGAAUCUUGACAGUCAACACAAGCCUUCAAGUUCACCUUUAAAUCUUAAAUCUUUAAAACUGUUCUAGAUGAAUGUGUCAACAGAACUGUUCAACAGUAAUACUAGGUAAGAGAGGAGUGGGAGAUCUCUUAGUCUGUGUUUACAACUUACGGCUGUUAACUCAUGUUCAAAAUGGUAUGUGCAUUAUAUUUGCUUUUGACAGUAUUUUACAACUACUGUUGUGAUAACUUACGUAUUUUCCACCUGCCUUCUAUGUGCAUGACUCAGUGAGUACAGAACUUACUAAAUUAUUUUCCCUUUCCACUCAUUUCUUCAUUGGAGGGCAGAGUUUUGCAUAUAGCAGACUUGUAAAACACACAGCAAGGAGCAUAGUCUCAUCACGAAAUGUUGUUUGUAAUUAGACUCUUAAACUCAGGUCCCUGUACUUAAUUCUGGAGUGAGAGGAUGCCUGGUAACUGUUUCUGAUAAGUGCUCUGCAGGAUGGCUAGGCUGCUCUGUUCUUCCUCAGUGGGGAGGCAUAUUUGUAAUGAGAUUACCUGGCAUAAAUGGAUAAUUCAGGUUUCCAGUUCUAACCGUCUGUGGUGUCCAAAGCUCCCUGAUGCAGACAGUCUGUCUGGUUUCAUGACUGUAAUAAAUACAUGCCAUCUGAUUGCACCAGUGACCGUUGUGAGCAUCAAUGCUGCUGCACAGCAGUCCAAGGACAGUGCUGGCACAAGGCCUUUUGGGAUGCUGAGGGAGUUGGCAUCUUUUAGUUGAUAUGUUUGAGCCUAUAUAAGAAACUUGUGUAGCUCCCGAUGGUUGUUCAGUCAUGUAUAAAUAGGAACAAAAUCUGUGUAGUUGGAAGAUCUGGCCAAAAUGCUGUGUCUUUAAUUUCAUGAAGCUUAGAAUGAAGCAGACCCUAUGGGUAGGGGAGAGUAGCUUUCUUCCAGCCUGCCAAAUGGCAUACUGCAGCUUGAUGACGUUAUCUUGCUAUAUGUACAAUGAAGAAGUUAGGUUUAACUUAACAAAGUGAGAAAGUCCAAAGUGUCUGUCUCCAGAGGUAAUCAUCUAUAUUCUGCUGAGAGGCGCUUCAAGUGUGGUAGCGUUCCCCAAGCGCUGUUUUGGCUGAUGCUUUGUUCUGUUCAGAGGCUUACAUAUAGAAGUUAAGGAAAUACUUCAUUGUUGUGUAUUUGGUCCUGUGUUAAAACAAAUGUGCUUAAAAUGAAGUGGGCAUUAGAAUGAAUGCAUUCAUGGUUUCUUAUGCAAGAUUAACUGUUUUGUACUUUUUCUCUAUUUGAAAGCCCUCCUUUGUCAAGUGCCUUUAGUUUCAGGAUCUUUACCCCCUUGUUUUGCUUUUUAGUCAACAGUGACUGCAGGAGGUAUUAAUGUCUUUCCUUGCACUGAAGUAUUUGCGCAGGAAAAAGGCUUGCUAAUGUGUUCUGGAUUAAAUUAUUUAUUCAACAGCUACGGCAUAUUUAAUUGCUGUGCAAACAAGUAGAUAUUUCCCUUUGUCAGGAGCAUGUUGUCAAAUACAACCUAUGCAAACUCAUUAGUAGAAUAUUUUUUGGUUUAGUGUUAACCUGAUUGACCAAAUCUUGAUUAGGGAGUUAUUUCUUGUAGUUUACUCCUUUAAAAUAUAGUGUUAAUUAGCCUGUAGUUUAAAGCUAAACAGAAAUGUUCUAUCAUCAAAUACCUGUGCAGUGGAGGAAACACAUAGGUUCACUUUUUUCUCCUAUCACAACCAGCUAGAUAUUAAACAUUAUUAAUAACUUUUUUAAACUGCUGUCUUGUAAAAGCCAAAACUUGGAACUAGUUCCUGAGUUGCUCUGACCAUGGGAAGUAGGUUCUUAGGGGAGGGGAAAACAAAAAUAAACCAAAUCUUGUAAUUAGUCCUUUAAAUGGGCAAACCAAUUUGAAUGUUGGUCCUGCUGUUUGGCAUCCUGUCCAUGUGAAUGCUGAAGCACAACCCAUGUCAAUUGCACAUAGAGUAUGUUUCAAUGGAAACUUGAGUAGAAGAACUGAACUCAAAAGCCCACUUGACAGGUUUCAGUAGUAACAAAUUGCCCACCCCACUGAUGUGG